AUGAGUAAUACCAGCGGCGCACGGCGUGCCGCAAGGAGGCAAUCGCUGGAUGGAUCUGCUGAUAAAGUUGUUGUGGACUUGGAUGCAAGCUCGCCGGUGGCGGGGAACCAUCAUGGGCUCUCGGUCUUCCCUGGUGCACGCACAUCGCCUAUUGAUGUGGAAGCUCUCGAUGAUGAAGUGCAGGCCCUAUCGCCUUCACAAGUGCCUCCCCCGGGGGUGAACCGGAGAACUAGAGGGCAACCUGUGACACAAUUUUCUCUGGAUGAAGAUGCUGUCCUGGAAGAGAAUUGGAGAAUUAUAAGGCAAUGUGCGACACCAUUUUAUCUUGAUGAAGAUGCUGCCAUGGAAGAGAAUCGGAGAACUAGAAGUCAAUUUUUGACACCACUUUAUCUGGAUGAAGAUGCUGCCCUGGAAGAUAAUGCAGCUAUGCCUUCUCAUAACACGUGGAACAAACGCCAAAGGGUUGCGCCUUUGAUAUGUCUCUCCCCAGAAAGGGAAGAAGGGUCCAGCCUGCAGUCGAACAAUGCGGUGCAAAUUAGCCAAGAGCCUGCUAAGGUGGUGGUUCCAAAGGAACCGAAUUUCACUUGCCCGGUGUGCCUUAACAAGCUGGUGGAGCCUUCGACAACAAAAUGUGGCCAUAUCUUCUGCGCAGAGUGCAUCAAGCAAGCCAUCCAGUUUCAGAAGAAAUGCCCUACUUGCCGCAAGGCCCUGAGGAAGAACAACUUCCAUCGUAUUUACCUUCCGAACUCGGAUGGUUAA